UCUUAUAAGUUUAACAUUGUGCCUCUGUGUCUCUCCGUGAUCUCCAGUGUGAUCAGCAGGGCCCCAGGUCUGAAGCUGGUAGUGGAGACUCUGAUGUCGUCUCUGAAGCCUAUCGGGAACAUCGUGGUCAUCUGCUGCGCUUUCUUCAUAAUCUUUGGUAUCCUGGGAGUACAGGUGAGAAUAGACAAUUUAUGCAACCCAUACAAAAAAUAAAAUAAUAUCAACCAACCAAUGUCAGGGAAAUGUUUUAUUUCAAGCAGUUUUCACACCUUAAUAACUUUGGUAUGAGAACUCAUCUCUACUCCUUAUACACACCAAACUCUUCUCUCCACCUGAGAGUUUAUUAUUAUUAUUAUAAUAAUGUUUUACCUUUAUUUAACCAGGAAAAUACCCUUGUGGUUAGAAACCUAUGAGGUCAGCAGGAAGUAGUUAGCAUGUACACAUAACACAAGAGCACAAUACAAUACAUAAACAACAAUUACAAUGGUCAAUAACAUUUUCUUCUAUCAGAGCUUUAAACUCAGACAGCGACACCCUCUCCUCCAGUUUUAUAGUAUUUUAUUGCUCGUUCCAAGACCAAGAGCAUUGUAGGAUUGCUUCCCCAUUUCAGUCCUUGUCAGAAGAGCUAUGAAUGAGAGCACUGACUGAGAGCAGAGGCUGUAGGAUUGUGACGUUGUUGUUAGCGAGGAUCAAAGAUAUUAUGGGAGUAGCCCAAGCACUGCUUUGGACACAAAUAUGUACCAUUGCUUAAGCCUUCUGGUAGGAAGGGAGGGACACUUCACCAUGUCAUGUACUGUAGUUUACAGUGAUGGGUGGGUGGUCUUGCAUUAGUUAUGAACCUAAGCACUCCGUGAUACAUCACGCCCAGUUCCUUAAGGGUAAUGGCAGAGGCUCGCAUGUAAAUCAUGUCAACAUAGUCCAACACAGAUAAAAAUGUCCCUUGCACAAAAUCCUUCCUAACUGAUAUAGAAAAAAUAUAUUUGUUCCUAAAAUAAAAACCCAAUUUCAGUUUAUUUUCCACGUUUUCAAUGUGCUGUUUAAAACGGAUCUUUUCGUCUAACCCAGUGGUUCUCAAUCCUGGUCCGGGGGACACAAAUUGAUGCACUUUUUAGUUUUUGCCUUAGUACUGCAGACCUGAUUCAAAUCAUCAAAGCUUGAUGAUGAGUUGAUCAUUUGAAUCAGCUGUGUAGUACUAGGGCAAAAACAAAAAUGUGCACCCCUUUGGGUCCCCAGGACCAGGAUUGAGAACCACUGAUCUAAUUCAGGGGUAUCAAACUCAUUUUUCCCCGGGGGCUGCAUUCAGUCUUUAACGAGGUCCGGAGAGACGCACUGAAAAUUUGUUAUAUUUCCACUCCGUCAAAAUUAGCAAAAAAUGGUCUUCUAUCCAUCGUUUUUGGAAUUUUUUAUGCUCCCUGACUGUCUAGCUUUCAUUUAGAUUAUUAUUAGCGAGCUGCUCAAGAUUUGGUUUUAGUCCCCCCGCGGGCCUUAUGUUUAAUGAACCCUUGAGGGACUCCUUUCGUGAGCUGUCGAAACUCUAACUUCAUGCCCUUCUGUGCCACACUGUGUUCUGUCGGAGAGGUAGUUUUGGAACCAAUCCAACGCUCCAGAACCAAAACCAAUUUUUUCUAAUCUACGCAGCAACAGGGCUUGGUCAACAGUGUAGAAGGCUUUUGAAAAAUCAAUAAAAAGUGAAACACAAUGCAGUUUGUUGUCCUGUGCAUCCUGAAGAUCACUGAUUAUCUUGGUUGCAGCUGAGAUUGUACUAUGUUUUGCUCUAAAACCAGACUGGUUUUGGGAUAAGAGUGACAACACUAUCACUGGACUGUAACUGACAAGUGGCUAAUAUGGCAUUACCCAUAAGCCCCCUCUUCUCCAAUCACCCCCUGAGAGGACUCUUAGGUCGUACAUCAGGGAACACCUCUGAGAAAAAGUUUUUUUCAUGAGACAUGUCAGCAGAAAAAGUGCUCUUCCAGGCGUUUCUGGGCUAUACCUCAGGUGUGAGGGCUCAGCCCUGCUUGUCAAGUCAUAUAGAUGGAGAAGACAUGGCCGUUAGUCCAUUGUCCAAUUUACACUAACGAGUUAGAUGUCCUUGGGGUCCGGGUCAGAGAAGAUGAGGCGAAGCGAGAGGAUUUACUCCGCCCAAAAUCUGUCCUAGUGAGACAAGCCCAUUUUUGUAUGGAGGUCUAAUAGAGUGUCGAAUUAUGUGAGGCGUAUUUGAUCGAAUAGAAGUUUUGUAAUGUUUAGGUUGUUACAAAUGUACUGAUAUAAGAUCAUCUUUGUUCGGGUUCAUUGCAUGUCACCUGUGUGUGUGUUUGGGGGUGUGGGGUGGGGUGUGUGUGUGUGUGUGUGUGUGUCACUAACAAGUCAGACUGUAUGAUGGCUGUGCGUCAGUUACACUCCUAUCAAUCACGCGAGGACAUGCAAGGGAAUCCUAUCAUGGAAUAAGUAGAGCAAUUGGAAUUUACCAUAAUGAUGGCAUUAGUGUGACCAUGGCGUAUGUGUGUGUGUGUGUGUGUGUGUGUGUGUGUGUGUGUGUGUGUGUGUUUGUGUGCGCAAUUUUUUUUUCUUUCUCUCCAGCUCUUCAAGGGGAAGUUCUUUGCGUGUCAGGGAGAUGACGUGAGAAACAUCACCAACAAGUCAGACUGUAUAAUGGCCAACCACAAAUGGGUUCGACAGCAGUACAACUUUGAUAACCUGGCACAGGUAUGAUUCUCAAUACUUGCAGUGGAAUGUAUCUUCACCACUUUCUUUCUAAAAUGCCUUGUGGAAACCUUGUUUGUGACCCUCUUUCUAUCACCCCCCUUCUCUCUCUCUCUCUCUCUCUCUCUCUCUCUCUCUCUCUCUCUCUCUCUCUCUCUCAGGCUCUGAUGUCUCUCUUCGUGCUGGCCUCUAAGGAUGGUUGGGUGGACAUCAUGUAUGAUGGAUUAGAUGCAGUGGGAGUCGACCAACAGGUAUACAACAGACACGCUGUACACAGACCCAGUCACACACACCGCCACACAUAAACACACACACAUUAUGCACAUCCACACAUGGGAAAACCUUGUAUAAAAGUAGAACGUAGGGCAUUCUAGAGAGGAAAAAGUGAUACCUUCGCUUUACCGUUGUCUUAACACAAAACUCCAAACAUAAAACAAACCAUUGUUUGUUUGAUUGUUUUUGCUGCUAAACCACUGUAGCAUCAACACACACUGAGAUUAGUGAGAGGGGCUUAGCUCAUCAUGAUCAACCCAAGUCCCCUUUACUUUAGUUUAUUUAGAAAUGCAUUCUCAGGUGACUACCUCAUGAAGCUGGUUGAGAGAAUGCCAAGAGUUUGCAAAGCUGUCAUCAAGGCAAAGGGUGUCUAUUUGAAGAAUCUCAAAUAUAUAAUAUAUUUUGAUUUGUUUAACACUUUUUUGGUUACUACAUGAUUCCAUAUGUGAUAUUUCAUAGUUUUGAUGUCUUCACUAUUAUUCUACAAUGUAGAAAAUAGUAAAAAUAUAGAAAAACCCUUGAAUGAGUAGGUGUAGGUUGCACAUAAAAAUAUCUUGAAUCAUGCAUUCCUGCCUGGACGUGUUAGAUAGAAAAAAAGUAUUUAUUGAGUACCUUAGUAGUCUAUUUAUUAUACUUUGUAAUAAAGCACUAUUAAUUAAUUUAUAAGAUGAUUAGGCCUAUUCAGGAUUUGUAUUUGCAUGUAUUAUGGAUCCCCAUUAGCUGCUACCAAGGCAGCAGCUACUCUUCCUGGGGUCCAGCAAAAUUAAGGCAGUUAUAUACAAUUAAAAAACAUUUUACAACAGAUUUCACAACAAAUUAAAUGUGUGCCCUCAGGCACAGUUACUUGAUGUGGAAUAGAGUUCCAUGUAGUUAUGGCUCUACGUAGUACUGUGCGCCUCCCAUAGUCUGUUUUGGACUUGGGGACUGUGAAGAGACCUCUGGUGGCAUGUCUGUCAGUAUGGUACCGAUGUGGAUGUGAUGAGAAGUCAGGCGCAGGACACAGAGGUUUAGUCCAACAAACUUUACUAUUAGUAAAGUGCACAAUAAUCCAUACACGACCUCGAAAAUACAGAGGCGAGAAACAGUACGCAACAUGCGUAAAACAAAUACCAUGAAGAGCGCAAAACACGCAGCUCAAAAGACACGCGGACAACAACACACAAUAUAACUAACACAAAACAGGGAACUUAUAGCACACGUAAUUAGGACACAAACAGACACAGGUGUACCAGACAGACCAAAACAAUCAACACACGAAACUUACAACGGUGGCAGCUAGUAUUCCGGGGACGGCGAACGCCGAAGCCUGCCCGAACCAGGAGGAGGAGCAGCCUCGGCCGAAACCGUGACAGUACCCCCCCCUUGACGCGCGGCUCCAGCCGUGCGCUGACCCCGGUCUCGGGGACGGCCAGGAGGACGCAGACCCGGGCGCGUGGGAUGCCCACGGUGGAACUCUGUCAGGAGGGAUGGGUCGAGGAUGUCCCUCCUAGGCACCCAGCACCGUUCCUCCGGACCGUACCCCUCCCACUCCACGAGAUACUGGAGACCACUCCUCCGGCGCCUCGAGUCCAAUAUAGUCCGGACCCUGUACGCCGGUGCCCCCUCGAUGUCCAAAGGGGGUGGAGGGGUCUCUCCUAUCUCCUCCUCUUGGAGUGGACCAGCUACCACCGGCCUGAGAAGAGACACAUGGAACGAGGGGUUAAUAUUUUUGUACUCAAUAGGCAGUUGUAAUCUGUAACACACCUCGUUCAAUCUUCUCAGGACUUUGGAGGGCCCCACAAACCGCCGACCCAGCUUCCGGCAGGGCAGGCGGAGGGGCAGGUUUCGAGUCGAGAGCCAGACUCGAUCUCCCGGUGCGUACACCGGCCCCUCACUGCGGUGGCGAUCGGCGCUCGCCUUCUGUUGACGGAUGGCACGCUGCAGAUGGACAUGGGCAGCGUCCCACGUCUCUUCCGAGCGCCGAAUCCACUCGUCCACCGCAGGGGCCUCGGUCUGGCUCUCGUGCCAUGGUGCCAGGACCGGCUGAUACCCUAAAAUACACUGGAAAGGUGUUAAUCCGGUGGAGGAGUGGCGGAGAGAGUUCUGGGCCAUCUCUGCCCAGGGGAUAUACCUCGACCACUCCUCCGGCCGGUCCCGGCAAUAGGACCUCAAAAACCUACCCACAUCCUGGUUCACACGUUCAACCUGCCCAUUGCUCUCUGGGUGGUACCCCGAGGUAAGGCUAACCGAGACCCCCAGGCGUUCCAUGAAAGCCCCCCAGACUCUGGAGGUGAACUGGGGACCUCGGUCGGACACAAUAUCCUCGGGGACCCCAUAGUGCCGGAACACGUGGGUAAAGAGGGCCUCGGCGGUCUGUAGGGCAGUAGGGAGACCCGGCAGUGGGAGGAGACGACAGGCCUUAGAAAACCGAUCCACAACGACCAAAAUGGUGGUAUUACAAAAAAAAAAAAAAAAAAUUAGUCAUUUAGCAGACGCUCUUAUCCAGAGCGACUUACAGGAGCGAUUAGGGUUAAGUGCCUUGCUCAAGGGCACAUCGACAGAUUUUUCACCUAGUCGGCUUGGGGAUUAGAACCAGCGACCUUUCGGUUACUGGCACAACGCUCUUACCCACUAAGCUACCUGCCGCCCCAUAUUACCCUGGGAAGGGGGUAGAUCGGUCACAAAAUCUACCGAGAGGUGGGACCAUGGUCGUUGUGGAACGGGCAGAGGAUGUAACUUACCCCUGGGCAAAUGUCUAGGUGCCUUACACUGGGCACACACCGAGCAGGAGGAGACAUAAACCCUCACAUCCCUGGCUAACGUUGGCCACCAGUAUUUCACGCUAAGGCAGUGCACCGUCCGACCAAUACCAGGAUGUCCAGAGGAGGGUGAUGUAUGAGCCCAAGAAAUAAGCCGAUCACGAACCUCGAGCGGAACGUACGUCCGCCCCACAGGACACUCGGGGGGGAGUAGGGUCGGUACGCAGCGCCCGCUCGAUUUCCGCAUCGACCUCCCAUACUACCGGAGCCACCAGACAAGACUCCGGCAGUAUGGAAGUAGGCUCAAUGGACCUCUCCUCCGUGUCAUACUGCCGGGACAGUGCGUCUGCCUUACCGUUCUGGAACCCAGGGAUGUAUGUGAUCUUAAAAACAAACCGGGUCAGGAACAUGUUCCACCUAGCCUGACGAGGGUUCAAUCUCCUAGCUGCCCGGAUGUACUCCAGGUUACGGUGAUCAGUCAGAAUGAGAAAAGGGUGUUGAGCCCCCUCAAGCCAAUGCCUCCACACCUACAGCUAACAGCUCCCUGUCCCCAACGUCAUAAUUGCGCUCCGCCGAGCUGAGCUUCUUGGAGUAGAACGCACAGGGGCGGAGCUUAGGUGGCGUGCCGGACCGUUGUGACAGGACUGCCCCAAUACCGGUCUCGGACGCGUCCACCUCUACUUGGAAAGGCAAAGAGGGAUCCGGAUGCGCCAGCACCGGGGCCGAGGCGAACAGGUUCUUCAGCUUGACAAAUGCCCUGUCCGCCUCAGCUGACCACUGCAAGCGCACCGGACCCCCCUUUAGCAGGGACGUAAUGGGAGCUGCAACCUGUCCAAAGCCCCGGAUAAACCUCCGGUAGUAAUUAGCAAAACCCAAGAACCGCUGCACCUCUUUUACGGUGGUUGGAGUUUGCCAAUUACGCACAGCCGAUACCCGAUCUACCUCUAUCUCCACGCCAGACGCGGACAACCGAUAACCCAAAAAGGAGACGGACUCCUGGAAGAACAGGCAUUUCUCUGCCUUGACAUACAAGUCAUGCUCCAACAGUCGUCUCAAUACUCGGCGCACCUGGGCUACAUGCUCGGCUCGUGUAGAAGAAUACACUAGAAUGUCGUCAAUGUACACCACUACACCCUGCCCAUGCAUGUCCCGGAAAAUCUCAUCAACAAAGGAUUGGAAGACUGAAGGAGCAUUCAUUAACCCGUACGGCAUGACGAGAUACUCGUAAUGACCCGAGGUGGUGCUAAAUGCUGUUUUCCAUUCAUCCCCCUCCCUAAUGCGCACCAAAUUGUACGCGCUCCUGAGAUCCAACUUUGUGAAGAACUGCGCUCCGCGUAAUGACUCCGUCAUCGUCGCAAUCAGUGGAAGUGGGUAACUGUAUUUUACUGUGAUCUGAUUGAGACUACGGUAAUCAAUACACGGGCGCAAUCCCCCGUCCUUCUUCUUCACAAAGAAGAAACUCGAGGAGACUGGAGAAGUAGAGGGCCGUAUGUAUCCCUGUGCCAAGGACUCGGCUAUGUAAGUCUCCAUAGCCGCAGUUUCCUCUUGAGACAGGGGAUACACAUGACUCCUGGGAAAAGCUGCUCCGGUCUGGAGAUUUAUCGCACAGUCCCCCUGUCUAUGAGGAGGUAGCCGUGCUGCCCUCGAUUUGCUAAACGCUAGUGCUAAAUCCUCAUACUCGGGGGGAAUGCGCAGUGCGGGCACUUGGUUCGGACUCUCUACCGAGGUCGCCCCUAUGGAAACACCUAGACAUCUCCCUACACACUGGGCAGACCACUCCAUAAGAGCCCUCUGUUGCCACGCUAUGGUAGGAUCGUGGGUGCUUAACCAGGGAAGCCCCAACACCACUGGGUACGCAGGAGAGUCAAUCAGAUAGAACUGAAUGAUUUCCUCAUGACCCCCCUGCGUAGUCAUCGUCAGCGGUGCUGUGACAUCCCUGAUCAGACCCGACCCCAACGGCCGGCUGUCUAAUGCAUGGACAGGGAAUGGAACUUCUACCGGCCGAAGGGGAAUUCCUAACCUAGCACAAAAUGCCCGAUCAAUAAAGUUCCCAGCUGCGCCUGAAUCUACUAGCGCCUUAUGCUGGGAAUGAGGUGCCACCUGUGGAAAACGCACAGGAAUACUCAUGUGACCAACAGAGAGCUCUGGGUAAGUGGGGCGCCUACUCACCUGAAAUGACUCCCCAGUGCGUGACCUGUUGUCCCCUCUCUCAGAAGACCCUCCCCAGCACCUGGCCGCGGUGUGUCCUCCACGGCCACAGUUGGUGCAGGGGGUGGCCCUCCUCGGGUUCUCCCUCCUCCUCUCUCUAGCGCCAGCACCCCCGAGCUCCAUAGGAAUUGGCUCGGAGGUGCUGGAGGAUGGAAUGGACGACCCCCACUCGGGACGUCCGCGGGUGGCCAGCAGGGUGUCAAGCCGGAUGGAGAUGUCCACCAGCUGGUCGAAGCAUAGGUUGGUGUCCCUGCAGGCCAGCUCACGACGAACGUCCUCUCGCAGGCUACACCGGUACUGGUCGAUGAGGGCCCUCUCAUUCCAUCCCGCAUCCGCAGCUAACGUCCGGAACUCCAGUGCGAACUCCUGUGCGCUCCUCUUCUCCUGUCGGAGGUAGAACAGACGCUCCCCCGCCGCCUUCCCUUCAGGUGGGUGAUCGAAGACUGCCCGGAAGCGGCGGGGAGAACUCAGCGUAGGUGAUGGUAGCUGCGUCUAUUCUCCUCCAUUCGGCGUUGGCCCAUUCCAACGCCUUACCGGAUAGACAGGAGAUGAGGGCGGAGACGCUCUCGUAUCCCGAGGGCGCUGGGUGUAUAGUAGCCAGGUAUAGUUCUAUUUGCAGGAGGAACCCCUGACACCCGGCUGCAGAACCGUCAUAUGCCCUCGGGAGCGAGAGCCGAAUACCACUGGGUUCCGGCGCUGAGAGAGGAGGAUUGACCGGUGGCGAUGGGAUGGUUUAUGUGGACGUGGGCACCUCUCCACUAGCCAACCGGUGCAGAGUGUUGGACACCUCGCCUAGAACGGCCUCCAGUUGCCGGAUCAUGGAGUCCUGCUGACUGAGCCGUUCUUCUAGUGACCAGGCUGUCGUCGCUGAUCCUGCUGACUCCAUAAGUGGUGUGUUGUUCUGUCAGUAUGGUACCGAUGUGGAUGUGAUGAGAAGUCAGGCGCAGGACACAGAGGUUUAGUCCAACAAACUUUACUAUUAGUAAAGUGCACAAUAAUCCAUACACGACCUCGAAAAUACAGAGGCGAGAAACAGUACGCAACAUGCGUAAAACAAAUACCAUGAAGAGCGCAAAACACGCAGCUCAAAAGACACGCGGACAACAACACACAAUAUAACUAACACAAAACAGGGAACUUAUAGGACACGUAAUUAGGACACAAACAGACACAGGUGUACCAGACAGACCAAAACAAUCAACACACGAAACAUACAACGGUGGCAGCUAGUAUUCCGGGGACGGCGAACGCCGAAGCCUGCCCGAACCAGGAGGAGGAGCAGCCUCGGCCGAAACCGUGACAAUGUCUUGUGGGGUACUUAAGUUGUUUUUUUCAGGUAUCUGUACUUUACUUUACUAUUUAUAUUUUUGACAACUUUUACUUUUACUUCACUACAUUUUCCGUGACACCCAAAAGUACUUGUUACAUUUUGAAUGCUUAGCAGAACAAUGGUCCAAUUCACACACUUAUUGAGAGAACAUCCCUGGUCAUCUCUACUGCCUCUGAUCUGGCGGACUCACUAAACACACAUGCUUCGUUUGUAAAUGAUGUCUGAGUGUUGGAGUGUGACCCUGGCUCUCCGUAAAUAACAAUUGCCCUGUUCUGGGCCAAUUGUAAUUUUCCUAAGUCCCUCUUUGUGGCACCUUACCACAUGACUGGACAGUAGUCCAGGUGCGACAAAACUAGGGCCUGUAAGACCUGCCUUGUUGCUAGCGUUGUUAAGAAGGCAGAGUAACGCUUUAUUAUGGACAGACGUCUCCCCAUCUUAGCUACUGUUGCAUCAAUAUGUUUUGACCAUGACAGUUUACAAUCCAGGGUUACUCCAUGCAGUUUAGUCUCCUCAACUUGCUACAUUUCCACAUAAUUCCUUACAAGAUUUAGUUGAGGUUUAGGGUUUAGUGAAUGAUUUGUCCCAAAUUCAAUGCUUUUAGUUUUUGAAAUAUUUAGGACUAACUUAUUUAUUGCCACCCAUUCUGAAACUGACUGCAGCUCUUUGUUAAGUGGGUCCGACCAAAUCAUGGGCUGGUGUCACCAACUGUAAAAGUUUGUGGCACCAGUGACACCAGGGGAAAUUGUUAGUCUGGAGCCCUCUAAUAGUCAUGUGGGCUGGUGUGGACAGUGAUGUGGGAUGGUGUGGAUAAAAUGCCAGGGCCGAAUUCUUGUCCCAGUCCGCCCCUGCGACCCGUCAAUGAUUCCCAACCAAAUUUACUUUGAGCAAUUUUGAGCAAUUUUGACGAGUUUGAGCAAUUUUGACAAAAACAAUGGAUAGAUAGCCCUAAGAGUUGUGUAAAUUUGGUAGAAUAUUAUUAUUAUAGAAAUGCUUCCAGAAAAUAUUAACUCUGGUGUGUGAAGACAUAAGCAAUCAAGACAUCUUUGGAAAAUGUUCUAUACCUUUCACUUUGAAAAUGCGGAGUAGAUUAUGUAAUCUAAUUUAGUUAAUUUUAAGACAGCAAAAUAUGAAGACUGUGGAAGGGGUGUGUAAACUCACUAGCCACUGUAUAUGUACACACACACACACACACACACACACACACACACACUUUUUGUCUGUUCACUAGAGAUAGCAGAACAGUAGAACAAAGGCUUGGUUGGCCAGGACCAGAGACGUGUUGAUGUUUAUGAAACAUCAGGUCAGCGUUUCUGUCUCUGCUUUAGGGACUAGGCAUUGAUCUCCUCUUCUCUGUAAGCUGCUUACUGUCCAACAGACUCCAACACAACAUCCAACGUUCCUCUAGCUUCUUCCACAUGAUCUGCAGCUUAUAGUACUGUGUAUAUUCAUACAUUUUGCUUUCCUGAUGUGCUGUUUUGUAUAAAAAUAAACUGUAUUAUUCAUGUAUUUAUGCAUUCAUUUCUAUAUUUUGUAGUGUUGACUGUAGCAGCAGGAUAAGUAGGUGUAUGACGGUGUCCUGGCAGUCACAAAAGACAGCUAGCUGGUAGUGUGUUCUACUCAAGUUGGAUAGAGACACACACACACACAUCCCACUGGGCACACACUGGUUGAAUCAACUUUGGGUCCAUGUCAUUUCAAUAAAGUGACGUUGAACCAAUGUGGAAAAUAUGUUAAAUUGACGUCUGUGCCCAGUGGGAUGUGGGGCUGGUUUUGCAGCAUUUGCAUUGAGUGCACCACCACAAUAAUCAUAACGUGCCAAAAAUGAGUGUGUGUAUAUAACAUCACGCUGUGUGUGAGAGUACAGUAUACAACACUAUGCUCUGUGUAUGUCUCCCCCCUCCAGCCGCAGCUGAACUACAACCCAUGGAUGCUCCUCUACUUCAUCUCCUUCCUGCUCAUCGUCAGCUUCUUCGUGCUCAACAUGUUCGUGGGUGUGGUGGUGGAGAACUUCCACAAGUGUCGGCGUAGCCAGGAGGCCGAGGAGGCCAAACGCAGGGAGGAGAAGAGACUGAAACGGAUGGAGAAAAAGAGACGGAGUAAGGAGAAGGAGCUGGCUGGUCGGUAG